GCCAGCUGCGGCUUACCCGAACCACGUUUUCCCGUCUUCUCCCCUCCUCUCACACUCUAUUCUCUCGCUCUCUUCUCUUUUCUCCCUCACUCUCGCUUGCUGAAUCUCAUCUACUCUCCUCCCUCGUGGUCUUUUCCCUUUUGACAUAAAUUUAAAUAACAGAGUUCUUCCCCCUUAGUUGCCCUAGUCAAGGCAUGCUUUCUCCUAUCGCCCCGUUACGCCCGUGGUCUCCGUGAGCGAUCGACCACCGCCCGCCCACUUGGUGCCCGGUCACCUCCGCAUCUCGUGUAGCCUCUCCUCCGCAUUCUCUCCUACCCACCGCUGUCGAGAAAUCAACCUGCAUGGGCCGCAAACCAAGCCACCAGAGGGUCACAUAUGUGCUCCCUCUGCCUGAUGCCCCGGGCGGCCACCGGCUGGGGGUUAACGGGUUGACGAUCGAUCCGGAUAACUCGAUCUUGUACUCCGCCGGUCGCGAUGGCGUCGUCUGUUCGUGGGAUCUCAACUUGCCGCUAUCCAAGUCCGCGUCGCAGUCUUGCGCGACGCAGCCCGGUCCGACAACGUUCCGGAAUCAGGUCCAGGCUCACAGCCACUGGAUUAACGACAUCGUUCUCACGCAGAACAACUCCGCCCUUGUCUCCGCCUCCUCCGAUACGACGGUGCGACUAUGGCGACCGCACUCCGAUUCCACCGACGUCCCCGACCCAAUCGGGAAACAUACGGACUAUGUCAAGGCUCUUGCAACACCGGGGAAUCAUUCGUCGUGGGUUGCGUCUGGGGGCCUCGAUCACAAGCUUUACCUGUGGGAUCUGAAUGGUGGAGGCGAAGUAUUGAACAUCGAUGCCUGCGGGGAAGAUCAGACCGCGAAAGGCUCUGUAUAUGCGCUCGGCGCCGUGUCGUCUGUCAUCGCUAGUGGCGGGCCUGAGAGCGUGGUGCGAGUGUGGGAUCCUAAAUCCGGAAAGCUCAUCACCAAGUUUGUCGGCCAUACGGAUAAUAUUCGGGAUAUCCUAGUCAACCGCGACGGGGAUACGAUCAUGACGGCGUCGUCGGAUCAGACCGUCAAAAUCUGGUCCCUGACGGCGGGGAGGUGUAUGCACACCUUGACGAUGCACAAUGACAGCGUCUGGUCCCUCUACUCGAACCACCCGCAACUGUCGGUGUUCUAUUCCAGCGAUCGAUCCGGCCUGGUUGCCAAGACGGACACCAGACAUUCGCCGGACAUCGAGCAGGGGAUCUGCGUUGCCGCGCUACAGGAGCACGAAGGGGUCGUCAACGUGGUCGCUGCCGCCGAUCAUAUAUGGACCGCAACUCCCAAGUCUAGCAUCAACCGUUGGAACGACAUCGACACACUGGCUGAGAUCCAAUCGCCGUCAUUCAGAGAGCCCCAGGACGAGUCCAGCCCGUCCGAGCAGGCACCGUCUACGAAGAUCCAACCGAAGAAGAAGAUACCGUAUGAAUCUCUUCUACUCCUCUCCAGUACUUCGACACUGCCGGAUUCCCGAUUCCCCCAGAACGUCGCGGCCCCGCCGUCUGUCAAUGGACAACAGCCGUCCCCGCAGUCCGGCCUGGAGGAUGAACUCGCCCUCACGCUGCCUGUGCAGACGUUACCCAAUGACACCAUCGAGGGCCAACAUGGGUUGAUCAAGUAUUUCUCGUUGAAUGACCGGAAACGCACGCUGACUCAAGAUUCGGCCGGGGAGGUGGUUUUGUGGGAUCUUCUUAAGUGCAUCCCUGUCCAGUCCUUUGGCAAGCGUCAUAUUGACGACGUCGCUUCGGAGAUAAAUACGACGGAGAGCAUCGCUCAUUGGUGCACGAUUGAUAUCCGGACAGGAAGGCUAUCUGUUAUAUUGGAGCCUGGGCGUUGUUUCGAUGCGGAAGUUUAUGCCGAUGAAGCGGAUCUGGAUGAUGGCUUGCAGAUGCGUGAUGAUCAAAGGGUCAACCUGGGUAAAUGGAUCCUGCGCUGGCUCUUCGCCCCAUUGGUGGAAGAAGAGAUCAAACGCGAUGCCCAAUAUCGCAAGUCUGCUCUGGCACGAGCAGAAGAGUUCGCCAAGUCGAGUCUCACCAGCGGCACUGCACCAAUGGACAUCCCGAUACCGCAACAUGCGAAGAACGUAGCAGCGUCCUUCGACCCCUCCAUCUCCUCCUGGCGCCCCGGUCAUGACGGCGUUGGCAGCCCGUCAACUCCCGGGUUUGGAAUCGGGUUUGCCAGUAGCCCGGGGCCCUUGAGCGCCCCCGUGUUCCAUCAUAAUCACCACGGCAGCAGUCAUGCGGGCACUUCACCGGGAGAUCUUUCGGAAUAUUUGGCGGCGCACCAGACACACGACGCCAACCGGACCUCGGUGUCCGACCGAUCCAGCGACUACUUUAACCACUCCAGAAUGCCCAACCUGGCCGUCUCGGAUGUAGACAGGGCAUCCACGGUUCCGCCAACUGAAAGCACGCCGACCGCUCUCCCGCAGUCACCAAGCGAGCCCGAUAAGGAAGAACGGAAAAAGGGCAGUUCCUUAUUCGGGAAGAAGUUCCGGAUGGAUUUUCCCAAGAAGUUAGGCCGGACCUCCUCCGAAGUUAAGCCACAGAUCCAGGAAGAAAAGCCGGAAGAGUCAGAUAAGUCGUCGGCGAAAGAAGAGAAGGUUUUCGAAAAUAAUCUGAGUGGUUUUAUCGAACGCACGCGGCAUGAGUAUGAGGAAUAUCUGUCGGCAAAUCCUCACCAGGAAUUGAUCUCGGCUUUUGCGCCGGCUACUGAGCUAGAGACUCCUGUGUUGAACAUCCCCCCUCGGACGUCGGUAUUCAUUCAGGAGGAGUCGGGGGAUACGGCUGUGGCGUCUGAUCUUUACAGGGGCACCGUGGCACGGGUUGGGGAGGAGAUCGACCGGUUGGAAAAGUCAAUUCCUUUGUGGCUUGCUGAGCUUCUGUUGAAGAAUCAAAUCCCGUAUAAAGAGCCUACGAAGGUGGCCUUUACGCUGCGGCCGUACAACGAUAAACUGUUACCUCCGGUAGCGAAAGACGGACCAACUCCCAACGCCAACGGCAAUAACAACUCCCGUCUAAACGCCAACCGCAUGCUGCGCGCAAAGAAAAUCCUAGCCUACGUCGCAGAGCGAAUCGACCCUCUGUACGACGAACGGGAAGAGGGCGGAAUGAAACCGGAAGAAUACCUAGAACUUUACUGUCAAAACAUGCUCCUCCCCCUGAACAUGACCCUCGCCACAAUGCGAACCCACAUCUGGCGCUCCUCGAGCGACAUGAUCCUCCACUACAGAGCGAACGGGAAGAGAGAGAUCCCCAUGCCGGGGUCCGGGCCAGGGUCAGGCCAGUACGAUGAACACAACGCGUUGACGUCCGAGGGUUUAGCCGCGCCGGAUGGGGAUGGUGGUCGGAGUGGGCUGUCGGCGAGUAUUGAUUCUCAGAUGGCUCCGGCGCCGAGGUCUGCGUCGGCUUCUAUUUAUAAUUCUUGAUGUGGUGGUGGUAGUGGUGGUGAUGGGGGAUGGGAGGGUACUUUGUUGUGGUUUGUUUCGUCUAUAUUGGAGAUGAAUACCCCGGGUUAUCGGAUGGAUGGAUG